AUGGCGGUUUAUCGCUCGCUCGCGUUUGCGACGUUCGCCUUUAUGAUGAUCGAGCUCGCGACCGGACAGAAAACGUGUUCUCUCGCCGAGGAAAGCAUUCGAGACGGCAUCACAGCAGCGUUUAACGAUGAAUUUUCCGUGAACACGGGCGUUCUGUGGAUGUUUGACUUCGACGAGCUCGACGAAAAUUGCGACGAUUGUGGGAACGCGAAUCCAGCUUCUACGUACGGAUGUCCACGAUUUCAAGUAUCUAAUGCUCGAGCGCGCGGCCGGCCGACGGUGCGGCGUGUCCGAUCGUCGAGCGGUGUGGAUGAUGAGGAAAAGUCGCUCCCCAGACUCGACGCACCAAACAUUGAGUUGGCGAAAACCGUGACAGCAUCUUCUAGAGACGGCGUGCUCCCCCUCUCGUGCGAAUGGCCGCUCAGAAGUGACGAAGUCGUCGUGCUAUUCGGAUGCACCCCUGAUUCGAUGGCGUAUUUCGGUCUCACUCCGUAUUUGUACCGCGUCGGAGCUGAAGAGUCUUUGGUUUUCGCGAGCAUAGGCGAUUCGCUUUCCAUGGCAGAAAUGAGACGUGAUGCCGACAAUAACGUCGCGUUUUCCAGACUGAAUACCGAAACGUCGCGGAUUGCGACAGGGACGAUUUACCGUUCGUCCAGUGCGCCUUGGAACUCUGCGUUCGCGCUGGUGAUGGGGACAAACAGAGCCGUGCUCGAAAAGGUAGCGAACGUGCUUAGUGCGCAGGGCGUACCCGUGAACGCGUUUGGUGUGCCCGCACCUCUCACGGGCGAUAGCGGGCGUGAGACAUACACGAUUCUACUCCGAGGAGCGGUACCGGUGUAUCCGGAUAAGUGGCAGGCGUGGCAACGAUCUCCUCCAAUGUCCGCGCUGCGGCUUCGCCUAAAGGCGCCCGUGGCGAGUGAUCCCUUUCAACCGCACUCAUUAAUUCCCAGGCAAACCGUAGACGAGAUGGUUCUGCUUCAGACACACGAUGCACUAGUACGGCAGGUGAGUGCGCACGUGUCCAACAUGCCGGGACGGAGCGCCGUGGUCAGUCCGAGCCCUCGCCCGCAGACGUCCACAGAGAAUUCAAUGCCGUGCGUUCUCGCUCGGGUGAACUGUGGAGGCGAUAACAGGGACACGAUGUACAUCAGGUCGUUAUCUUUCACGCUUCCUGAGGAUGGUAUCGCGUACGCGAUAGGAUCGAGACACGUGGCGAGCGGUAACGCGCAUUACGCGUCGCUCGCCGCCUACAAUUCCGCAAGACGCUUAGCCGUGGUAAGCGUCGAGGACGACGUCCUCCGAGGAUCAGCGCGCGGUUGGAUCGCGGACGCCGCCGCAGAUGAUUUAUACGUCAUCGCAUUCGCGAGAAAUUGCUCGGCUCACGACGUCGCUGCGCCGUGCGUCCACCUUCCGUCCUCUGGCUUUCCCGCCGUCGCCGUCGACGAAGUCAUCGAGCUCUGGGAACGACCGUAUUCCACUCUUGGCACCACCGUCGGUCCGUGGUGGCGCACGAUGAUCUUACCCACCGUCGUUCGCUCCGUUCCAGCGCCUCCACCGCCGCCGACGUGGUCGUGGUCGUGGACAUCCUUCUGA